ACCAGAUUUUGUUUGGAAACGGCAGUUGUGAAAACAACCCUAAAUAUUAUGUUCCGUUGAUAAUAAUUGUGUUUUGAUAAAAGGUAAAUGUAAGUUGUUGAUCAGUUAUCAGUAUGAGACUUUUUCGAUGUAAAUAUUUGUAACAGUACCCCAAUACAAACGGUUUAUUUUUUUUAGUCACAAGCCGCAAUCAAACUCAAAGUGGAUCGACCGAGCGUUUCCAGGAUAAUAGUAGGCAAACAACUACUGCAGUCUAUGGGUUGUCCGGAGGGACGUACUCAUAAUAAAUUCACUGGAUAAUGGCAGAAACAGGCAACAACACAUUGACAGAAAACCCAAUAGUUCUGAUUAAAACUGAAGACAUUGAGAGACUGGAAAACCCUACUGUUCUGAUCAAAACAGAAGGCAUUGAGAGACUGGAAAAACCGACUGUUCUGAUUAAAACGGAACACACCGACGGCUCGGAAGACAAAGCGUCACAGACCCCGAUUCUUGACAAACUGUUCCACUGUUGUGAGUGUGGACUCGACGUGAGCACAAAGAGAGAGCUGAUGACACAUUUCCGGCAGCACCCAGGGCUGCGUACGUGCCGGUGUAACGUGUGUCAGAAGGAAUACAACACAUGCGCCAAGCUUCAUCUUCACAUCAACUCUCACCUGGGAAGGAAGGACUACACGUGUGAUAUCUGUGGGAAAAACUUUGCGAGAAAAUCAGGUUUGAGACGCCAUUUUGCCAAAGCUCAUGCUUCUAACAAACCACACACUUUCGUAGUCGGAGGAACCUCGAAUCCAGCCGAACUUGAGAAACAUCUUAUAGUAAGUGCCACAGAUCCUGAAGUGGAAAUAUACGAACAGUAUGAAAUUUCUCUGGAUUCAAUUAUACAGUGACUUAAAAAAAAAAGAAGAGAAAUGUUCUUCUAAACCUAUUGGUGAUACCACCAUGCGUAUUUAUGAUAUCACACAGCAAUAACACACAAGUGUGAUCAAUUUAAAGAUUGGCUGCUCACCUAGGUGAUGACCCGAUUGCCACAGCUAUAUGAUUAAGUGAAAUAAGCACAACUGAAAUUGGAUCUACACCCAUUGGUGAGAAUACCAUGCAUAUUUAUGAUUUGACACAGCAAUAACGCACAUGUGUGAUCAAUUUAAGGAUAUACAUAUAUGAUUGACUGCUCCUAAGUGAUGACCCGGUUGCCACAGCCAUACAAUCCAGUGAAAUAAGCACAAUCGAAAUUGGAUCUACUCCCAUUGGUGAGAACACCAUGCAUAUUUAUGAUAUCACACAGGAAUAACACACAUGUGUGAUCAAUUUAAGGAGAUAAAUAUACAUGUAUGACUGACUGCUCCUAGGUGAUGACUCAGUUGCCACAGCCAUACAAUCCUGUGAAAUAAGCACAGUCGAAAUUGGAUCUACACCCAUUGGUGAGAAUACCAUGCAUAUUUAUGAUAUCACACGGCAAUAACACACAAGUGUGUUCAAUUUAAAGAUAUAUGAUUGGUUGCUCCUAGGUGAUGACCCAGUUCCCACAGCCACACAAUCCAGUGAAAUAAGCACAGUCGAAAUUGGAUCUACACACAUUGGUGAGAACACCAUGCUUAUUUAUGAUAUCACACAACAGUAACACACAAGUGUGAUCAAUUUAAAGAUAUAUGAUUGGCUGCUUCUAGGUGAUGACCCGGUUCCCACAGCCAUACCAUCCAGUGAAAUGGGCACAAUCGAAAUUGAUUGCUCUAUGAUGUGUAAAUUAUUCUGAAACGGAUUGCUUUGAGAUUAGUUUAGUUGGAAAAUAUGUUUAAAUUUACUUUAAACCUGGAUUUUCAGAAUAUGUUAAAAAUAGAACACUACAUCUGUUGUUCAAGAAAAGAUGAUUAAAUUUAUUUUAAACCUGG